AUGUGCACUGCCACGCGAAGCAGCAACUUCGCAGCGAUAGAUGCACUGCAUGGGCUGCGAAUGGAGUUGGAUGCUUCAGAAUGGCAGCUAGGCCUGCAGGCCUUUACAGCCUUGAACCUGUCGAAGAUGGCGCCGGAUGUGGUGAGUUUCAAUGCUGCUAUUAGCUCCUGUGAAAAGGGAUCCAACUGGCAGUUGGCAUUGCAUCUUCUCAGCGACAUGGCCGAAGAGCAGCUUUUGCCCGAUGUGAUCAGCUUCAGCAGCACUCUCUGCAGCCUCGAUGCUGCGGAACUGUGGCCCUUGGCUCUGGAGAUCUUUGCAUGGCUUUGCCGAGGGCUGGAGCCGAACGUUUACAGCUACAAUGCGGUGAUCAGUUCCUGUCAGAACGGAUCCCAAUGGCAGCUGGCAUUACUUUUCUAUGAAGCUAUGGACGGGGUGUUGCCCGAUGUGCUGAGCACCAGCCUAGCGGUCAGCAGCAGCGCCAUGGCGCAAAAAUGGCACCUGGCGUCGCAGCUGCUGGACCAGUUGAGCGUCACAGGGUGGUCGAAGAGCUUUGACGCCGGCUCACAUCGUGUUGUAGCUCUGCAGUUGCUGCAACAAAUGCGGGAAACGCGGGAUGUUUCCUCAGAUGUCAUCACGUACAGCACGAUCAUCGGCUGCUGCCAGGGCUUUCCUCGCUGGCGUUUGGGACUUUGUUUCCUGCAGUUGCUGGGCUCAGAAGGGGUGUGCUACGACACCCUUUGCUUCAACCAGGCCAUGAGCGGCGGAAUCUCCUGGCGGGGCACUUUGCAGCUCUUGAGGAGCAUGCCUUUGAAGAAGGUGACAGGUGACGUCAUCGGCUACAGUGCUGCCAUCCAUGCAUGCAGCCUGGUUUGUGGACCAUGGCCUGGUCCUGGUGCAGAAAAAACGUGCGAUCAGCGGUCCCGGGUGCCGGGUCUGCCGGGUCUUAGUUGG